GCUCAGACCAGCGUGUGCCGCGUGGCCAAGCGCCCCGACUUCGCCGCCACGGGCCAGUGGGAAGUGGUGACGGAGAGCGAGGGGAAGCAGGAGGCGGCCGUCUUCGACGCCGUGCUGGUGUGCACUGGGCACCACACCGAGGCACACCUCCCCCUGAGCACCUUCCCAGGCAUCGAAAAGUUCAAGGGCCGCUACCUCCACAGCCGAGACUACAAGGAUGCCCGGGAUUUCACAGACAAGACGGUUGUUGUCAUCGGGAUUGGGAACUCGGGGUCGGACCUGGCCGUGGAGAUCAGCCAAACGGCCAAGCAGGUCUUCCUCAGCACGCGCCGGGGCGCAUGGAUCCUCAACCGCGUUGGAGAGCAGGGCUACCCCAUCGACAUCGUAUUCAACACCCGCCUGAAGAUGUUCCUGAAGAAGCUGCUGAGCCCCUCCAUGCUGUGCGACCUCGCGGAGAAGCAGCUCAACGCCAGGUUUGACCACUCGCACUACGGCCUGAAGCCAAAGCACAGGAUCUUUGAACAGCACCCAACCGUCAACGACGACCUGCCCAACCGCAUCAUUUCGGGAAGGGUGCGGGUGAAGUCGAACGUCCAGGAGUUCACGGAGACAUCUGCCAUCUUUGAGGAUGGCACCAGGGAAGAUAUCGACGCGGUGGUCUUCGCCACGGGGUACAGCUUCUCCUUCCCCUUCCUCGAGGGCUGCGUCAAGGUGGUGGAGAACCAGAUCCCACUCUACAAAUUCAUGUUCCCCGUCGACCUGGAGAAGCCGACGCUGGCUUUCAUCGGCCUCAUCCAGCCCCUGGGCGCCAUCAUGCCCAUCUCUGAGCUCCAGUGUCGCUGGGCCACCCGCGUCUUCAAGGGUAAGUGA